AUGGAUUCUGAUGCAAGUUCCACAUGCAGCCGAUCUUCUUCCCCUGACCUGGUCGUGGACUCCACUGUGGGUGGCUUUUUCUCCAACAAGAUGUUCCAGGCAUAUUGUGGAGACCGGGAACCAGGACAACCCACAGAAAAGGGUUCUGGACGGACGCAGAGCUCUGGACCCGGCGGAAAGAGCCGAGCAGAAGCAGACCUCUCCAAAGACGACCAGCAGGACUUGCGAUUGAAAGUCAACAGCCGUGAACGCAAACGCAUGCAUGACUUAAACCAGGCUAUGGACGGACUUCGAGAAGUGAUGCCGUAUGCACAGGGCCCAUCUGUACGCAAGCUGUCCAAAAUCUCCACCCUCCUCCUCGCUCGAAACUACAUCCUCAUGCUGUCCAGCUCUCUGGAGGAGAUGAAGAAGCUAGUUGGAGAUGUGUAUGGAGCAAACGCUCAGAAUCACUCAGCUAGACGAAUUUUACCUCCAACCCCAGCUGCUCCGGCCCCCCAGUUGUCCCUGCUCUCACUGGCCCCAUCCCUGCACUCUCUGGUGGGCAGCACCUCAGCUGUGACGGCCGCCCCGCUCCAGCACACCACCACAGCUCAAGCCCCGCACUCGCCACCCUCGGCUGGUUAUCUGGGCUUCCAUGCACCACCUCUUCACACCCUUCUGAAGGACCCUCUACACCUUUCAAGCAGCUAUAGGCAUUUUCCCGGCAUGCCCUGCCCAUGUUCCCUCUGCCAGCUGCUCCCUGCUUCCACAGCCAGCCUGCACAGCCUCUCCAUGGGGAAGUGA